UCCCCUGUAUUCCCAAAAUACCCCCAAUCUCGCUCUCUUUCUCUUUCAUUCCGAGCUAUUCGAAAUCCAAAAUUUCAUUUCGGAUCAGGCUCUGAGUGGCUUGAAGCUUCCUUCUUCAGGCGUCCAUGGAGGUUCCGAGGCGCCAGGAUCAGUGCCUCCCGGAGAGGAAGGGCCAGAAGAGGAAACUGGAGGACGAAUUCGAAGAAGACCGCGAGAUCUCCGCCUCCGCUUCCGCCGACGCCCGCCAUGCUCUUCUCUCCGAGGUCUCCGCGCAGGUCCAAGUCCUCAACCUGACCUUCUCUUGGUCCGAACCCGAUCGCGCCGCGGCCAAGCGCGCCACUCACGUCCUCGCCGAGCUCGCCAAGAACGAGGAGGUGGUGAACGUGAUCGUCGAAGGCGGUGCGGUUCCGGCGCUGGUGAAGCACCUUCAACCUCCUACUUCAGGCCUAAGUGAUCGAAGCGCGAAGCCGUACGAGCACGAAGUUGAGAAAGGAAGUGCCUUUGCACUAGGGCUUCUUGCCGUGAAGCCAGAGCAUCAACAACUUAUUGUUGACAAUGGUGCUUUGUCUCAUCUUGUGGAUCUACUAAAGAGGCACAGGAAUGGUUCGAUUUCUCGGGCUGUAAACAGCGUCAUUCGUAGAGCUGCCGAUGCAAUCACUAACCUUGCUCAUGAAAACAGUAGCAUCAAAACACGCGUCAGGAUAGAAGGUGGAAUUCCACCACUGGUUGAGUUGCUCGAUUUUACUGAUACAAAGGUGCAGAGAGCAGCUGCCGGAGCACUGCGAACCCUGGCAUUUAAGAAUGAUGAGAAUAAGAAUCAGAUUGUUGAAUGUAAUGCUCUUCCCACCCUCAUAUUGAUGCUUCGAUCUGAGGAUGCUGCUAUACACUAUGAAGCGGUUGGUGUGAUUGGAAAUCUGGUACAUUCUUCUCCAAAUAUAAAGAAAGAAGUCCUUUUAGCUGGAGCGCUACAACCUGUUAUUGGAUUACUUAGUUCUUGCUGCUCUGAGAGUCAAAGAGAGGCAGCUUUGUUACUUGGGCAAUUUGCUGCCACUGAUUCUGAUUGCAAGGUUCACAUUGUACAGAGGGGUGCUGUCCGCCCUUUGAUUGAGAUGCUUCAAUCCCCAGAUGUACAACUGAGGGAGAUGUCCGCCUUUGCACUGGGGAGGCUGGCACAGGAUACACAUAACCAAGCUGGUAUUGCGCACAACGGGGGUCUAGUGCCAUUGCUUAAGCUUCUUGAUUCCAAAAAUGGGUCUCUGCAGCAUAAUGCUGCAUUUGCUCUCUAUGGCCUUGCAGAUAACGAGGAUAAUGUAUCCGAUUUUAUUAGGGUGGGAGGUGUCCAGAAGCUGCAGGAUGGGGAGUUUAUUGUUCAAGCAACAAAAGAUUGUGUGGCAAAGACGUUAAAAAGAUUAGAGGAGAAGAUUCAUGGAAGAGUUUUGAACCAUCUGUUAUAUUUGAUGCGUGUGGGGGAAAAGGCAGUGCAAAGACGAGUCGCUUUGGCCCUUGCCCAUCUUUGUGCCCCAGAAGACCAGAGAAAGAUAUUCAUUGACAACAAAGGAUUGGAGUUACUUCUUGGGCUUCUUGGUUCGACUAGCGUCAAGCAGCAACUUGAUGGUGCCGUGGCUCUUUACAAGUUGGCCAACAAAGCUACAACUCUUUCUCCUGUAGAUGCAGCUCCCCCGUCUCCAACACCACAGGUCUAUCUUGGGGAGCAGUAUGUCAACAGUCCUACGCUGUCUGAUGUUACAUUUCUAGUUGAAGGUAAACGGUUCUACGCUCACAGGAUUUGCCUGCUUGCGUCUUCUGAUGCAUUCCGUGCAAUGUUUGAUGGUGGUUACCGAGAGAAGGAUGCAAGGGAUAUAGAGAUUCCUGACAUUAAAUGGGAGGUUUUCGAGUUGAUGAUGAGAUUCAUCUACACUGGAUCAAUAGAUAUUGCAACUGAUAUUGCUCAAGAUCUUCUUAGAGUCGCUGAUCAAUAUCUCUUGGAAGGUCUUAAGCGACUUUGUGAGUACACAAUUGCACAGGAUAUAUCGUUGGAAAAUGUUUCAAGCAUGUAUGAACUAUCGGAAGCCUUCAAUGCUUUGUCCUUAAGGCACACGUGCAUUUUGUUUAUCCUUCAACAGUUUGAAAAAUUGAGUGCUAAGCCAGGGCCCUCUCAUCUGAUCCAACGGAUAUUGCCCGAGAUCCGCAAUUACUUUGACAAAGCACUUACUAAGCCUAACACACAUAACCUGCGGCUGUAGAUUGCCGCCCCCUCUAUUCUUGAUUCCUAACAGAAUACGAUGUACAGAAAGCGGUAGAUGUUCUUCCUGUUCUUGAGCCAGUAGAAGGUUCUAAUUCGUUGAUUGUUAGCUUGACUUAUUAUUCAUUUGAAAUCCAGAGUGCUCUAGUCUUGUUUGUACGCAAUUCUCAUUUUAACGGAAUUUGUCUGCGUUAGUGUUUGGAGUAUGACCUGCACGGACUGGACUUGUAUGUAUUAUUACUUUUGUAGUCUUUGCUGUUUAGUGAAGUGGCAAGCAUUCGAAAAAUAAUUUUCUAGCAAAAAA